AAGAAUGGCGCGGUAAAGGCGGUGCGCGGCGCCAUGAACCGGUACGUGGUGCUGCAGCAGCUUGGGGACGGCACUUAUGGCUCCGUGGUGCUGGCGCAGCGCCGCGACACCGGAGAGAAGGUGGCCAUCAAACGUAUGAAACGCAAGUACUACUCGUGGGACGAGGCCAUGAACUUACGCGAGGUGAAAUCGCUUAAGAAGCUUAACCACGCCAACAUAGUGAAAUUGAGGGAGGUGAUCCGAGAGAACGACACGCUCUAUUUCGUGUUUGAGUACAUGCGAGGCAACCUCUACCAAUUAAUUCGCGACGCCGAGCGGCCGUUCGCCGAACCUGUGUUGCGCAACAUACUGUUCCAAGUGCUGCAAGGCCUGGCGCACAUGCACCGACACGGGUUCUUCCAUCGUGAUCUCAAGCCCGAGAACCUUCUGUGUUGCGGGCCCGAGCUGGUCAAGAUCGCCGACUUGGGGCUGGCGCGUGAGGUGCGUUCGCGGCCACCCUACACCGAGUACGUGUCGACGCGCUGGUACCGCGCGCCCGAGGUGUUGCUGCGAGACACGCGGUACGGCGCACCCAUCGACCUCUGGGCGCUUGGUUGCAUCAUGGCCGAGUUAUAUACGGCGCGGCCGCUCUUCCCUGGUAACUCGGAAAUCGACCAGCUGCACCGCAUCUGCGCCGUGCUGGGCACGCCCGACCGUGACGCCUGGCCAGAGGGCUACGCGCUGGCGGAAGCGCUACGCUUCCGCUUUCCGAGCGCGGGAGCCGUGCCACUGGCGCGCGUGGUGCCCACAGCCUCGCCACCUGCGCUGGCGUUACUCACCGCGCUACUUCGCUACCCCCCACGCGACCGCCCCACCGCGCCACAGGCCUUACGGUUCCCUUACUUCGCCGUGGGUGCCGCGCUCGUGUUGCCUCCGCCAAUGUCGCGCGCUAGAAGAAGCGCCGCUCGAGCUGAAACCGAGAACGCGCCCCCUGCGGUAGCCAUCGCCCCGCCGCCAGGCUGGACGCCGGCGCCGGCGCCGGCGGCCAUCGCCGCGCCGCCAGCACAGCUACGUGAUCAUUUCGCCGACAUUUUGGGAGGAGAAGUCGUGCACGAGGCGGGGGGCGCGGGCGGCGCGGCAGGUGACGAAGGGCUGGACGGCCGUGAGGUGCUGCGGCGCGAAUGGCGCUCCGAGCCGCGCGGCCGCAGCGUGCUGGGCGCGCUGCAGCCGCCGGCGCUCCGAGGGGCGAUGCCGCUGCGCGCGCACGCGGGCGCGGCGCUGCAGGGGCUCGCGCCCGCCGGGCCCGCCGCCGCCGCCGCGGCCUACUUGGGUGCGUCGCGCUACGUGGCGGGCUCUCGCAUCGCCAGCGCGCUCCUCCCACCGCUCGCGCUGCGGCCGCAUUGCGAAGCCGCGGCUGUGGGCAGCGGCGCGGCGCGCGUCGACUGGGCGGCCAAGUACCUGCGCUGAGCCUCGACCGGCCUCGGCGCCGGCGCUGCCCAUUGUUGUUGUAGUUCGUGUUGCGUCGCUUAAGCUAACGUUUGUAGACAUUACUUCGCAAUAGGGUACCUACGUGCUACUUACAUCGAUAUAGGUACUUGAUUACGGGUGUAAGUAGUCUAGUCUACUAUAUUCGAUUUUGAAUAUCGUACGUAUUGGUUGUUGUACAAAUGAAAUGAAAUGAAAUGUCAAUUACGUACCCGUUAUUAAUGCAUCGCCUUAUGAGAACGCCGAACGCAGUCAACGAAGAAAGUUCAGUUCGCUCAGUCUAGAAAAAGUAAACUACCGUUACGGCGUAACAACUUCGGUUACAACUUUGGUUUCUCUCGCCGGAUGUGGCAAUUGCAGUACGUUCAGGUGGGUCAAUAAUAGGUACGUUGAGAAACCACUUUAUAAAACAAAUUAUUAUUUUUAAGUAUUCCUCUAAUGUGCUAUAGAAGACAAACAUAUAAAACUGUAGACAAACUACGCUGACGUGCCUUGUGCGUACGUGUGAAACAGAAGAACAUCGUGGUGAUGCAAAUUCCCGUCAUACAGGGGCCACCUAAAGAUAUUGAAAGCUGUCAAAACAUAAUAUUAUUAGCUCACCAUUCAUAUCGCGUUCAAAUUUGCAUACAAAAAAAAGGCAACUAGAUACUUCAGACUGUGUGUGCGCGCUUGUAUUGGCAGAACUCCAAAAUUGUUUGUGGAAUGUAAUGUCAAGAUGUAUUAAGGCAAAACCGGCAUUCUCAACAAUAUCUUGUCCUAAGAAUGUGGUUCUCCCGCGGGAGCCAGCACUAUGUACCGUUGUGGUCAAUCGUUAAUCAGUGGGUGUUUACUCAAGAUUACUCCAGCAUACAGGGUUCAACUUCAACAGUGGUGGAAGAGCGGUGGACUCUAAAACUCUAGUUUAUUGUCCUCUAUAUGUACCAACUCACCUCACCGAGUGUAAUAGAGUAUACCGACAGUGUACGGUUCUUAAUAAGAAAGGGCCCGAAGAAGACGUGGACGCCCUAAAAUUUACCGCGUUGGAAAAUCAAUAAAGAAAAUAAAAAACGGCUGAAAAUUUCACCAAACCCUUGCCAAAGAAGAAUAUCUUGAAGACAAAUAGUGUCCCUAGUGCGAAAGAGUUGAAAUUUUUCUUCUUACCCUCUCACGUGUAUUGAUGUAACAUUAUAUGAACAAAUACAUACUUAAAAAUAAUAAUAUUACUUUAUCAUAAAUUGGUUUGUCUACGUAUAUUGCCCAUAGCGCCAUUCUGUAACAAUUGUCAGUAAAAAGUCUAACUGCUUGAAGAGUGUUUCCCUUACAACAUUGGUACCUCUAUCGACAUCGCCACCGCCAUUUAGGCAUAGGCCAC